UAAUAAAAUAAUAUGUUCAUAAGUGUUAUUUAUGUAUGCAAUAUCCAAUAAGUUCAACGUUUUUUACAUUUUAAAUAAUUAUUAAUUAUGGAGUCUACCAAGAAAGGAAUUAAAAGAAAAAACACUAUUUUAACAUACUACACAAAAACACCUAAAUUACAAGCUGAUUAUCUCGGCGAAAAGGACAAAUUAAAUGAAACAGAAGUGGUAGUAUCAUUAGCUGAAUCUGCAGUAACUCCAUUAAAUCACAAUUUACAAUCCAUGUCUAAACAGCACAAUGAAAAUAACAAAUUAAUUGAAUCAUCAGCUCUUCAAACAGUUAUUACUCCUACACAAAUAGAUAUUGGUUUAUUUAUUGGUCAAUUUGAACAACCCACAUCUCAGGUAGAAAAUAUUUUUACUUGUAUACCUAAUACCUUAUAAAAUAAUAUUUUAGAUUUUAAGUUGUAAAUGAUUUAAGUUAAUUAAUAUUAUCUGUUUAAUAUAUAUAUAUUAAUCAGUAUAAUAUGAAAUAAGUGCAUAUAAUACAAUGUGUUGAAAGAAGAAACAUAGUAAUAGUACAGUAUACUGUAGUUCAGAGAUCACUGUUUAAAUAGUAAAAGUAAAGUAUAUUAUAAUUAUUGUUAAGUAACUUUUAUUUUAGGUUUUUUUAUCAAAAUAAUGCUUUUUGCAUCUUGACUUCUUGAUAAUAAUUAUUGAAUACAUUUGCUGCAGAACUAAAAUUUACUAAAAUGUACAAUAUAUCUCUAGAAUAAUUAUAUUAUGCUUUUUGUACAUUUUGCUAAUCUGCACAUAUUAUAUACCUAAAUACAUAAUGCAUGGGGCUUUCAAUUUUGCAAGUUAUAAAAUUAAUGUUUAUUUUCUGUAAAGUGCAUGUAUUAUAUUUUUUGUUAUGAUUACAUUCACAUAUUAUUAUACCUAUAACUCAAUUUUAAUUCUGAUUGCAUCUAAUUCUGUAGUCAUGUAAUCUGUGGCACAACUAUGCUUAAUGCUCAACGCUUAUUGCUUUUUUUUAUUUUUUUAAGGUUAACUCUUCUCAUCGGUAUAACAUUUUAAAGAACACAUUUAAUCCUGAUACAACAUUUAAAUUUCCUGGUAGUGGUAAAAGGAAUCUUAAAUUUCAAAUUAAUUGGCUUAGUAGAUGGAAAUGGUUGGCUUAUUCAGUAUCUUGCGAUGGUGCUUUUUGUAAAUAUUGUAUGUUGUUUUGUCCAAAAGAAAUCAACACUCAAAAACUAGGUCAACUUGUCUUCGAAAAAUUUAGUAAUUGGCACUGUGCUGUAGAAAAAUUUAAUGCUCAUCAAAAAACAAAUUAUCAUAUUACUGCCACAUUAAGAGCUCAUGAAUUUUUGUCUGUAUUUGAAAAUAAACAAGAAAGUAUUGCUGUUAAACUUGAUUCUAAAUUAAAAUUAGAAAUUGAAAAAAAUAGAAAAAUGAUGAGACCAAUAAUAGAAACAAUCUUACUCUGUGGUAGACAAGGUAUUGCUCUUAGGGGACAUACAGACAGUGGUCCUAUUGAUUUAAGUUCUUUAUUCCUAUCCAAUAAUGAGGGAAAUUUCAGAGUAAUAUUAAAAUAUAUUCUUAUGAAUAGCAAAGAUGAAUUAAAAAAUGAUAUUGAAAAUCUUCCAAAAAAUGCAACUUACAUCAGUCCUGAUAUACAAAACGAAAUUAUAAAUACAAUAAACAGUUUAGUUAUUAAGAAGCUUGUUACCAAAAUAAAUCAGGCAAAAUGUUUUACAAUCUUGGCAGAUGAAACAACGGAUGUAGCUGGGAUAGAACAAUUUUCUAUGUGUGUUAGGUAUUUUGACAAAGAUACCAUCAAAAUAAGAGAGGAUUUUCUUCAAUUUGUACCAGUAACAGAUAUGAGUGGAAAAGGUUUAGCUCAAGUUUUGCUUGAAUGUCUUGGAAAUUUAGGAAUUAACUUAAAUUAUCUCAGAGGACAAGGGUAUGAUGGAGCUUCUGCCAUGCGAGGGCUAUUCAAUGGAGUGCAAGCAAUAAUAAAACAAUCUUACCCAUUAGCUUUAUAUAUACACUGCUGUAGUCAUUCAUUAAACUUAGCUAUAUCUGAUGCAUGUGAUGUAAAAUCAAUUCGAAAUGCUGUUGGAAUUAUUCAGACAGUUUGUAGUUUUUUUAACACGCCUAAAAGACAGGCUGUUCUGCAAAAUUCUGUGGAACAAAUUGCUCCGGAUUCAAAAAAAACUAAAUUAAAAAUGUUAUGCCCAACAAGAUGGGUCGAACGACAUGAAGCGAUAUUAGUAUUUUUAGAACUUUUUGAUUCAAUAAUUGACUCUUUAGAAACUAUUUCAACAUGGAUUGAUAGAGAAACGUCUUCAAAAGCAAGCAGUAUACUUUUCUCUUUAAAACAAGGAGAAACUCUACUUUCCAUACAUAUUCUUGCAAAAGUGUUUUCAUUAAGUAUGCCAUUAAGUCGUCAACUUCAAAAAGAAGACAUAGAUUUGUCCAUAUCAAUGGAACUUGCAGAUAAUGUUAUGAGUGCAGUAUGUUCGUUGCGUACUAAUGCUGCAAAAGAAUUUAAAAUGAUAUACAGUGAUGUUGAAAAAAAAUGUGAAUCAUUGGGGAUUAUAAUUUCAAUACCUCGACUAGCUAUAAACCGGACAAAUCGUUUAAAUAUUUCAACAGAAUCACCUGAGGACUAUUUUAGGAUUUUAAUUUUCAUACCAUUUUUAGAUAAUUUUUGUGAACAACUAAAUGACAGAUUUUUGAACCAUAAGUCAUUAUUAAAACAAUUUACUUGUUUAAUAAAUGCAAACGAGAAAAAUGAGACCGAAUUUAAAGAGCUUUUAAAGACUUAUUCUGCAGAUAUUGAAGCUGAUGAAGUAUCUGCAAUUGGCGAGUUUACAAUAUGGCAUCAACAGGUAAAAAACAAAAACCCUAAAAAUGCUACGGUAGCAUUCAUAAAUUGCAAUGAAGAAAUAUUCCCUACUGUUCAUCGACUUUUAAAAAUAUUGAUUACUUUACCAGUAACCACUGCAAGCAGUGAAAGAUCUUUUUCCUCAUUACGGCGCUUAAAAACAUAUUUGAGGAACACAACUGGUGAAAAUCGGUUGAAUGGCUUAGCAGUUAUGUAUAUUCAUCGGGAUUUAGUCGUAACCACUGACGAAAUAAUUGAUACUCUAGCUUUAAAAAGUAGACGCAUUAAAUUAAUUUAAUUAAAAAUAAUAUUUUUUUUUUGUAUCAAUUAUAAUAAUAUAUAUGUGUACAAUUUAAAUAUACCUAUGUAAAGUUAUCAAUUUUUUGUGUGUAUAAUUUUUUCAAUUGAUUUUGAAUAACACCCCCCCCCCCUUAGAAAUUUCUGGCUACG